GGAUGGGACUCAACUUUUCCGAGCUCCUGACGUCAAGAAAUUGGGACUAUUUAAGCUUCUAGAUCCCACGGCACUACGAGAAGCAACCAAAAGAUCAAUCCACAGUCUGUAAUAUUUAGUUUACUCUUCAUAAUGGUUGCGAUAACCGUCCCCGACAACUACGGUGCCGUCAUCGGCGUCGCGCUUGGAGCCAUCCCUGUGCUCAGCUUUAUCCAUGGAUUUGUGGUGACAGGCAUUCGCAAGGAAGCCAAGGUCCCCUACCCUCACACCUAUGCGACUAUCGAACAGUGCAAGUCGAAUGCUAAAGCCGAACAAUUCAAUUGCGCUCAGCGCGCACACGCCAACUUCCUCGAAAAUUCUCCCCAGACCAUGCUUUUUACUCUCGUUGCAGGUCUGAAAUACCCCCAGCUGGCUACGGCUCUUGGCGCCGCCUGGCUCGUGGCUCGCUCGCUCUUCUUGUAUGGCUACGUGUACUCGGGCAAGUCGCAGGGUAAGGGAAGGUUCCUUGGAGGAUUUUUCUGGCUGGUGCAGGGUGCUCUGUGGGGGCUGAGUGUAUUCGGCGUUGGAAGGGAUCUAAUCUCUUUCUGAAGACAAACUACUUCCAAGUGACGGAUUCAUCGCGGCUUUGGACAAUUUUGUACUUGUUCACCCUUUGUAAAAUAGGUAUCGGAAUUUGCCAUUGUAUAUCCAUACGUUGAUCGUCUGUCGAAGUUAUAUUCGUCGCAACUCUGAAAAUAAUCUUUGCAAUAUAUAAUCUAGUUCUCUUAUGGAUCCCUGACUCUAAC